AUGGCCGCAUCUCAGCAGCACCCGGCGGUGCCUCACGGCUCGUUCCUCAGCAGCAGCUCCUCGACGACGACCGCAGCUCCUACCCGGCCAAAACGACAUGCACCACCGCCAACGAGCUUCGAUGAGGACCGAAACGACCAUAGCCUCCAUCGGUCGACCUCGUCUUCGACAUCGCAGCCGUCGUCCACCAGUUCGCGAGCUUCGAAGCGGGCUCGAGCGAUGACCCAAGCUCAGGCCCAAGCCGCCCAAGCCCAAGCCCAGACGCAUACCCUCUGCCAGCCGACGCCCGCGGCUCCAGCGCAAGCGGCGCACGCGAGGGCCGGCCAGCAGCAGCAGCCGCCACCGCCGCCGCCGCAGGCAGUUCCGGUUUCGUCAGGGCCAUCGCAGCACCAUCCCGCCGGGGCCCCUGCGUCGACCUUUUCGGGUUCAUUGACUCCGUCGACAUCGCAUCGCCAUCACGGUUCCCCCCACCAGCCUCGACAGGCGCCUAUUCAAUUCGCAACCUCGUACAACUCAGCGUCGUCAAUGAACACCUCGCCCCCGCCCCCGCCUGCGCCUUCGCCGAAUUCGACCCUCCUCUCCUCGGCGUUCGGCGGUGCCAACAGCAGCAGCAACAGCAACGUCGCCGCGAGCGUUUGUUCUCUCGAUGACCACAUGGACUCGCCCGGUGGUGCUUCCUCGACAACCGGCACGACUCACGAGAAGGAGCAACGUAAGCAGGCUCGGAUGAUCCGCAAUCGCAGUAAGUUCAGGCGGUGCCACUCAAUUCCUGUUCCUCCGCUCGGUCUGCUCUCGGGUCUAUCGACUCCUCGCCUCCUGUCUUGGUGUUUGGGCGUUUAACACGGGUCUUUCGACCAUUCGAUUCGGGAUCUCUCUACGGUGUUUUGGUUUGCGAGCGAUCUCUACCCGGGACCAUUGUCCUGUCUCACAAGUCGAACUUUCGACUUGCGAGUCGCGAGCUUCACGUCCGAACGAACUCGGAUUUUUGUGGGGUAGACGCGGCUCGCGCGAUAGCGGCGCGGAGGAUUGGGCGGCCGGCCCAGCCCCGCUUAGCGCCAUCGUCGACUCGUCGCCCGGUGCGCCCUGGUUGGUCGCCUCUGGUUCCAGGCCCGUCCAGCUCGCGGGCACGUUUCUGGCAGGGUUGGAAAACCCACCUGCGUUGCGAUCCAUUUACGGAACAAGGACUGCGCACCCGUCAUCGUCGCUGUUCCCAUACGAUCGAGCGACCGACGGCGCGACAGUCUUCUUUUGGUCAACCUCCGAGAGAACAUUUCUCCUGAGCGAGCCCACGCUCGGCGCCUCCCCUGAGGCAUGGCCUGAAAGGCGCCUCCUGUCUCGCACCCGAACGGCCCUUCACAAUUCCGCGCUAGUCACCUACGCCGCCUCAUUUCUUCCGAUAUUCGCUCCGGUCAUUGGCCAUGCUGACCUAGAUUGAUUAUCUCUUCCUUGAAUUUUACGAAUAGACGCUGCACAAGCCUCUCGCGAUCGCAAAAAAGAGCACACCGUUUACCUCGAGCAGCGGGUCGCGCAGCUCGAAGCGCAGCUUGCGGUCCCCCUUCCCUUUGUGCCGCCCCCAUCCCACGGCGGGUCAUCGACGCCGACCUCUCACACCUCGACCUUGCCGUCGACUCGGUCAAGUCGCUCCCACUCUGUUUCUUCCUCGACGACAAGUGUCAGUGAUCACCCGUCGUUGCACGGCGCAGCCUCGUCCGCGGCCUCUCCGGCGUCGGCCGCACCGUUCGCGAGCAAGAUCGCCGAGCUCGAAACAGAGAAGGAGAAUCUACGCACCCGCCUCCGUGCCGAACAAAUGGAGUCUAGUCGACUUCGGGAACGGUUAGAGUCGCUCGAGGACAAGUUCAAGCGGUUCGAACAGUUCCUCGCCGCUCCGCUGUCGACCUCGGCCCCCGACCCCAUCACCUCGCACCCGUCGCCGACGCAUGCGAACGGCUUCCCCGUCGCUCCCGACACCACCUCCGCUCCCGCGCUCGGACCCGCCUGCUCGCUGAACGAUGUCUGCGGCGACGACUCGAUGACGAUCCGAAGCGACUUUGACGAUCCCAUGUCCCCCAACGGCACAUCGUACAGCACUUCGCCGUCGAGCGUGCGCUCAUCGUCGCGCAAGUCGAGCCCUUCCUCCUCGGCCCACUCGUCGCCAAUCAGUACACGACGCUCCACGUUGCCAAACUUGACCCCUCACUCUGAUAGCUCUCGCCUCGUCGCACGCGAGGUUGAAAUUUCCCUGCCGCGGAAGCUAUCAGAACGGGCCCUGUUCAUCAACCUGGAGCGCUCGGCGCUGUCGCCGACCCUGUGGAUCUAG